GUAGAGGUCGUGAGUUAUGUUUUCAGUUAUUCGAUCAGAUUUCGUCUGGAGGUCGGCAGUAAUACCAAAACGGAAGAGAAAGCCUACAGUACAUCGGCUAUCACACGUUUGAGAGUUUUAGCUAAUGGCACCUCGGAAUGGCUACUCGAACCACCAGACCCCUGCCCUAACACCACCACUGAAAACCCUACCUCUACCCCUCCAUCCACGUCUUCUUUCAACUCUCUGACCACUGAGGACCAAGAACACUACACUUCUACCGAGAUCCCAGCAGAAGUUUCAAAACCUCAGUCGCUGAUGGUGAUUAUAGUGCCUGUGGUGGCGGUGACAUUGGCAAUAGUGGUGGCCAUUUGGAAGAGGCAACGGAGACCUUCGACCCAACAAACAGUGUCGAGGUCCAUUCAGUCGACCGGCCGCCGAGGUGCAGGUACAAGGGAUUCCAUGCAGGUCAUCGAGAACAGCCUGUAUGAACCCCUGCCCGGCCCCAUGACCCCCGCCACCCGCCAGGAACAGCCAGGGACGGUGCAGGUCAUCGAGAACAGCCUGUAUGAACCCCUGCCCGGCCCCAUGACCCCCGCCGCCCGCCAGGAACAGCCAGGGACAGUGCAGGUCAUCGAGAACAGCCUCUAUGAACCCCUGCCCGGCCCCAUGACCCCCGCCGCCCGCCAGGAACAGCCAGGGACGGUGCAGGUCAUCGAGAACAGCCUGUAUGAACCCCUGCCCGGCCGCGUGGGGCCGUGACCUCCGCAGCCACCCAGGAACCGUAGCGCCAGAGAUCACUUUGUGUCUUGUGUCUCGAGCGCCCUGGUUCGAUUCCCGGCCGGGUUGUUGGAAAAAAAUGAUGAGGCGUCGGUACACGGCUGUUGUCCCUGGCCCCAACAGUGGCUGGGUCGUGUUACAAGCAAAAGUUGAUUCAUCUUUUGACUAACUCACAUGUUAGCUGUGCAUAUCAUUCCAGCUUGAUUUUGAAUUAGUGUGAAGUAUUGUUAAUCACUGUGGAUAUGGGGAUUGUUUAGAUAAAGUACUGUUAAUUAAUGGUGCAGUAUUUACUAUUGAGAAUUUAUGCCCGUGGUCUCUCGGAGUUACGCGGCUGUGUGCGGAACAGUGACGGCAUGACCAGCAUCCUACCUGGCGAUCACACAGAGGCGUCGCCAUCGUUGAUCUCCCCGAACUAAACUCCUACCACUGUUAUUCCCCAGCGUGAGGUGAACUAAAGCAAGGCCUCGUGAGCGGAAGAUGCAGGGAACACGUCCGUCCCAACUCCAUCAUUUGUAUAGCUGUCUCCUCAUCACGUCGCAGCCCCAACAAGAAUACCUCGCCGGACGCUUCUCUGUGUCUGUAACUCCUGCCAAGUGUCCUUAUUCCUGGCCGGACCGUAGGCUGGGCGGCGAGGCAGAACCUGGGCAGAUUAGAAGGUGAAUUCACGCCUUCGCUUUUGAUUGUUUUUGAGUCUAUAGUUGUGGUUCACGUGUGGUUAGUUUGUAUUUAUCUUCCCUCAAUGAGAUCCCUGCAUAUGAUUUUGAUGUAUGUACUCGUAUGUUUACAAAUUAUCAUCAAUCUGCAGUUAGGAAUGAAUAUUAUAUGUAACUGAUUCAUUACUUUUAGUCCAGUAAUAGUAGCAGCAGCAGUAACAGUGGUAGUAGUAGUAGUAGUAGUAGAAGUUUUUGUUGUUGCUGUUAUUGUUGUUAAUGCUGAUGAUGCCGUUGUGGUAAUCACGCUUCAUCGCCCUGUGUGUCACAAUGGCCGGCCGGAUACCUACAUGUGUUCAUAGUUGUCAGUCAUUCUCAGACGCUACAUUUGAGUUUGUCCAAAGUAAGAAGUGCUCAGCGGCAAGGAUGGUGUUGCCCAUAACGCUUGAAGGAAAUAAACUGAUGAUUGAAAUUUGUUGUCUUAUUCAGUGUAGCCUUCACGCCUCCAACCCAGACUCCACACAAGACAAAUCAGCAAAAGCCUUAUCAGGGAGUAUGGCGUGGCAUUUUAAGAUAGCAAAAUGCGCUCCUUAUGUUCUUAUGUAUAUUGUUUUUUCUUCCAUUUUCUCCCCCCAUGAACUUCUCUUCCUCAUUUUUUCUUCCUUUAUUCUUUAUACUCUUCCCAUCAUCCUCACCUCUGUCCUCCCCCUCCUCCUCUUACUCUUUCUUCUUCUUCCUUUGAUCCUUAUCCAUCUCUUCUUCCUCGUUUUCGUCCUUCUACUUAAUUUUCCUCCUGUAACUAUACUCAUUUAUCUCUCUUCAUCAUUCUUGUCGUCUUCCUCUUGCUCCAUUUUUUCUCUUUUUUGACACUAUUUCCUUUCUUCUUUUCUCCUUAUUUUUUGUCUAUAUCCUCAUACUUAUUUUUUUCUUCUUUCCGACACGUACUCAUUUCUCCCUUUCUUCCUCCUCCAUUCUUUGGGGGGGAUUCUGGGGCUGCCCUGUGUAGGCCACUCGGCCUCUUCCAGCCUCCCUGUGUUUCCAUGUUCUUAUGUUCUUAUGUAAUGAAGUCAUUUUCCCCCACAGCUUAGGUUACCAGUAGUGUAAGUUAAGGGUAGUAAUUUCCUCUUAUUUCUCUCUUUACUGUAAAAUUUCCAUGUCCCAUUCUUCCUUAAAGGUACAUGGUGUUCUCUUCUAACUAUUUCCUGCCGGCACGUUGGCGGAGGGAGAGGUGGGUGGGGAGGAGCCUUCAUCUAUUCUGUCCUGUUCUACCACACGUAGAUUACUAGCAGUAGCGGUAGUAAACAGACACCCUCGCCAUAGACCGAUAGGUCUUCUGGUGUCUGUUCUUCCUAUUUAUUCCUAUGUAUUCCAACUCUAACUCCUUCUCGCUGCUCCUCCUCCUCCUUUUAAUUUAACAAAACACAAAAUCCUAAAACCAUGCGUAGCUGCUUCAACGAGUAUGAUAUAAUAUGACAGUGGCACGCGCACCACCAUAUUCUUUUGUCACCAAUAACCGGAAACCUCACCCUCUUUCUUAUCCGGAAAGCGAGCACGAUUGUCUCUCCGUAUGUCUUUCCAUGUAGUACUCACAGCCACGCACUGGUGAUGGCGGGACGCGUGGCUGUGGUUGUCCUGCUCGUUGUGGUCUUCGUGGGCGCCCUCUGCUUCUCCUCCGCCAAGGACUGCUUCGACCCUGACGUAGUCGUGAAGGAGGGAGAAGAAAAAAUAAUCUAUCAGAAGAAUGAAACGCAACCACGAAACGCCACGUCGAUAUCGUUGUAUGUGAAGCCGGGAGAUGACUUUGAGCAAGUCUGCAUCAAGGUAGAAGACGAAACGCUUAAAGAAAAAGCUGAGGAAUGUCUUUCUGUCGCAGAAUGUAACUUGAACAGUACCACGUGGAAUCUAUUGGAAGUGGGAGCAGAAGUUGUAAAAGAUGAUUGUUCCGGAAAACACUGCAGGGUCAAAUUCAAUCUGACAGGCGACGGUUGUAGCAAGAUGGAAAAGACACUUUACAGGUCGGAGAACAUUACACGCCUGACGGUUUUUGCUGAUGACGCCUCCAAAUGGCUACUCAACGGCCCACCAGACCCAUGCCCUGACACCACCACGGAGAACCCUUCCUCUGGCUGGCCGUCCACAUCUAACACCACCACGGGGAACCCUUCCUCUGGCUCGCCGUCCACAACUGUACUGACUGUGAUAAUUGUGGUGAUACUGGCGGCGGCGGUGGUAGGUGUGAUCAUCUGGAAGCGGCAGCGGAAACUCUCGGGCCCACAAAGAGUGUUGAGGUCCAUUCAGUUGACCAGCCGCCGAGAUACAGACACAGGAUAUUCUGGGCAGGUCGUCGAGAACAGCCUGUAUGAACCCCUGCCCGGCCCCGUGACCCCCGCCGCCCGCCAGGAACAGCCAGGGACGGUGCAGGUCGUCGAGAACAGCCUGUGUGAAUCCAUGCCCGGCCCCGUGACCCCCGCCGCCACCCAGGAACAGCCAGGGACGGUGCAGGUCAUCGAAAACAGCCUGUGUGAACCCCUGCCCGGCCCCGUGACCCCCGCCGCCACCCAGGAACAGCCAGGGACGGUGCAGGUCAUCGAAAACAGCCUGUGUGAACCCCUGCCCGGCCCCGUGACCCCCGCCGCCCGCCAGGAACAGCCAGGGACGGUGCAGGUCAUCGAAAACAGCCUGUGUGAACCCCUGCCCGGCCCCUUGACCCCCGCCGCUAGCCAGGAACCGUAGCACCAGUUUACCUUCUGUCUAGAACGCAGGUUCGAUUCCCGGCCGGGUUGUUGAAAAAAAUGAUUCCCGAGUAGAUGAGUUUAUGUGCUUAUAGGAGCGGUUACCUCCCCCCAUGAGGAUUUUUAGACGCUACAUUUGAGUUUGUGUCCGCAAUAAAAGUAAGAAGUGCUCAGCGGCAAGGAUGGUACUGCCCAUAACGCUUGAAGGAAAUAAACUUAUGAUUGAAGUUUGUUGUCUUAUUCAGUGUAGCCUUCACGCCUCCGACCCAGACCACACGAGACAUAUCAGCGAAAGCCUUAUCAGGGAGUAUGGCGUGGCAUUUUAAGAUGGCAAAAUGCGCUCCUUAUGUUCUUAUGUAUACUGUUUUUUUCUUCCAUUUUCUCCCCCCAUCAACUUCAGUGUAGUCGUGUUCGUCCUUCUCCUCCUCCUCCUCUUCCUCGUUUUUGCUUCCUUUAUUCUUUACUCUUCCCAGCCCAGGGGAGGGGACCAAGGCGCCUCUCCACCUGGAACUGACCUCUCCUCUGGC